AUGAUGACACUUCUCACAAGCGUCAUAACAACUUCCUUUGUGAUUAUCUACUGGCAAGUACGUGACACGUUAUCUUCAGUCACGGAAUGCCAAGGGGCAACCUACUCCAUUCAAAAUCGCAUCUUGGAAGGUCACGCAUUCACCACUAAGCCAUCUGCAACCAUCGAAGUUUGCGUGAUUUUAUGUGGGGAGCAUCCUGACUGCGAAAGUAUAAACUACUUUCGAAAGACAAAGACUUGUGAGUUGAAUAACAUGAGCCUGAUGUCAUCCCCAGAACACAUGGUGGCUUUUGAAUCAGCUAUGUACAUGACCAACGCUUUUCGAGUCCCGUGUUACUACGACAAUGAAUGUGAACGGCAAGAAGAGGUCUGCCUGCUUGUGGUGGGCGGGAGCAAAUGUGAAGCAUGUAUGGAGGCCCUUGGUAUGGAGGACGAAAGAAUUCCAGAUUCAGCUAUAAGUGCUUCAUCGUUUGUGAGCGAGGGUACACAUCCCAGACUGGUUCGUCUAAACUCACUUUCUGCAUGGGUUGCAGCCCACGGUGACACUAAGUCUUGGCUUCAAGUUGACCUCGGAAAGAACGCAAUGAUCAAGAAAAUCGCCACCCAAGGGAAACGCGGUGCCUAUCAGUGGGUAAAGACUUACACGCUUUCAUCACGUGCCAAUGGAGAGACUGAUUGGUUGAUGUAUAAAGAAAACGAAGACGUGAAGGUAUUUCAAGGUAACAAUGAUCAGGAAACGGUGGUAUCCCAUGUGUUGCCACAGCACAUUAGGGCUCGUUUUGUCAGGUUCUGGCCCAAGACUUGGACCUAUAAAUACAGAGCCAUGAGGGCAGAGCUGUACGGCUGUUUCCUUCAGUAA